AAAGCAGUCACGAGGACCCCUUCUUUAGAUAAUGGGACAAUAACUCCUUGGAGAACAGGACCUUAAAUAACAUGACAGAGGAUCUUUCCUACACUGAGAAGAUCAGUAAUGAUGACUCCAUCUAUGGAUAAUAUGACAAUCAUUCCUUCUUUGGAAAAUAGGACCUCAUAUCCCAUGACAGAGGAUUAUACUCCAACGAAUUUUACUGGAGACAUCUGGCUCAAUUCCAGCUUCACUGAUGAUGAUGACAACAUAACGUAUUAUCAUAUUUACAAUGUAACUAAUAUUAUAAGGGCAAUGUCCAUCAUAUGGUACAUUGUGACUCUAAUCUUGGGGAUCGUAGGAAAUGGUUUAGUCAUCUGGAUUGCCGGUUUCAAGAUGAAGACAGUCAGUGCCGUGUGGUUCCUACACUUGGCUAUUGCUGACUUUGUCACAUGUAUUUCUCUACCCAUACGUAUAUCUGAGUGGGUUUUAUAUUGGGACAUUCAUUAUGAUCACUUCCUAUGUAAGGCUGGUAUAACAAUUCUCUUCAUAAACAUGUUAACUAGUGUCUACUUCAUGACCAUCAUCAGCAUUGAUCGAUGUGUUUCCGUUUGUUGUCCAAUUUGGACCAAAAUACACAGGACAUCCAGGUUAGCCACCAUCAUAGCUGUACUGGUUUGGCUGCUGAGCCUAGUUACUAGUAUCCCUUACCUGGUUUUUAACCAUGGGUUUGAAUAUGUCACUGAGUGUUUUCCUAAAUAUUUUCAUAUGUCAGGAAAGAGAAGAUGGGCAAUGUUUAUCACAAAGAAUAUCUGCAUGUUUGCAUUCCCAUUUGCCAUCAUCCUCAUAUCAUAUGUCCUGAUUUUUUUCAAGAUAAGAGCAAUCAAAAAAUCAGGUAGGUCUAACAGACCAUUCCGAGUUAUCACCGCUGUCAUAGUAUGCUUCUUCAUCUGCUGGUUUCCAUAUAACACCUGGCCAUUAAUAACGAUAAAUUACUGGAGAGCUGAUUUUGUCAUUACAGAAGUUUCCAUCUGCUUGGCUUACUUCAGCAGCUGCAUCAAUCCCUUGAUCUAUGUCUUCUUUUCCCAUGAUUUCAAGAAGAGCUUUGUAAAGUCCAUACCAGCCGUGUUGGAAAAUGCUUUUAAUGAGCGGUCCGAUCUUAACAGUUUGGACAACGCUGUCACCAGCCCCUUUCCAACCAUACAUUUGGAAUCUUCAUUAUAAUUAAUAUUUUGUGACUGAGCACCAUAAUAUGUUAUAUGGAUAAUAUUCUCAAAUAUUCUGUACAUAGAGUAUGUUGCAGGUUGCUUGAAAUACAAGAUAUCUGUCCCUCUAUGUUGCCCUACAUGCUCCUACCGGGCAUCACUGGUUAUUUACAUGCAGGUGUCUUAUAAUAGUAUUGUAGAUUGAACGAGAAACUGGAAAGUGUCUUGUUUUUGGAGAACACAUUGCGUAAUGAUGGUUGAGUGAUUUACCACAGGUUCUAUUCUCACUCUAUAGGUGUCAUGGACACCCACGAGUGGGAAUAGCCCCUGAUAGCCGGGAUUCCGACUGGUGGCAUUGUCAGUGGUUGGGAUUCCAGCGUCAGUAUCCUGACCGUCGGAACCCGACUGUCGGCAAUACAACUACAUUCCAGUGUAAUGUAUCACAUUGAAUAUUUAGUCUGUGUUUUGCUCUUACAUACGGUUUGUGCACUGCAAACAAAUGCAAAUGAUAUUGUACUGGGGGUGGUAUAACAAGUUGACAUUCAAAAUCUUAACACGAGAAUGUCAACAAAGCCUCGUUAUAGUCAAAUCCAAUGUUUCUGUAUUGUCUUAUUAAUUGUGUAUUUCUUAUAUUGCACAAUGGCAGAAAUGUGCGGGGAACCCUCUUUAGAGGGGUAGCGAAAAGAAGUCCACAGGCUUCUGUUGGGUAUCGCCACCCAAAUAAGGUAUUACCCACUGUCUCCAAGAUCCAUAAUGCAUCACAUUCUGGAGCCUGGUACAUAUAUAAAUGUGGUAAAACCCCCAAAACUGUAUUUUUUUUGUUGUUAUUGCAUUUUGGCCUUUGGUACCACAGUGUUGACAUAGACCGUAGGUUGAUAUAUAAAAUGUUGACUUGCGUAAUGUUCACAAUUCCAGAAUGAUUUUUUAGCAACUGUUUGUCAUAUUGUCAUUGUAUGUCUUACAUUUAAUUAAAACAAUUAUCAAA